CGCGGAAAUGGGCGAGCAUAAUCUCCUUAAUCCUGGGUUUGUGGGACCUUUGGUAAACAUCCACACUGGAGACACGUUUUACUUCCCCAAUUUUAGAGCCUCAGGGGGACAACUGGCGGGGCUACCGUCUCUCUCAUACCCAAGAAGGGACAAUGUCUGCUCCCUCCCGUGGAACCCAUCGGAGUCGUGCAAUGGAUAUCCCCAGUCGUACUUCGGCAGUCCCGUGUCGAUUAAUCCGUCGUUUAACCGGUCGUGCAGUGAAAUAGCUCGUCCGGAGGAGAAGUGUUAUUAUGGCAACGGCGGCGGCAGCCGAGAGGCUUGCUCGGACGGAGGCAGCCUCAAACGAGAGGAGAGGGCGAGAGAAACAUCUGUAUCAGUAGCGUCAGAUCACGGGGUUCACAAUGGGAUGGGCAACGGUGCCGCUUUCACAAAGUACGACUACGGCACUGAGCAUCUGACCCAAAAUCCGCCGUCCUGCCAAUCUCUGGAGUCCGAUUCCAGCUCUUCAAUUCUUAACGAUGGGGGGAAAACCUCCGGUAGCGACCCACAGACCCUGGUGUCGCCGGGGAACCACCACACGAGCAAUAUGUCCACAGGAGGAGGUGCCCCGUGGUACCCGAUGCACACCAGGACCCGCAAGAAACGCAAGCCUUAUUCCAAGCUGCAACUGGCCGAGCUGGAGGGCGAGUUCAUGAUGAACGAGUUUAUCACCAGGCAGAGACGGAGGGAGCUGUCUGACCGCCUAAACCUCAGCGACCAACAGGUCAAGAUCUGGUUUCAGAACCGGCGUAUGAAGAAGAAGAGACUUUUGCUGAGGGAACAGGCGCUAUCCUUUUUUUAAGGGGCCCUGAGCAUCGAUAAGCAGUUAGCCUCCAUCUACACCACUGCUCCAACGAGCGUAAUGUGGCACCAGUCGCAGUGUGGUUUAACAACUAAAGUUCUCAUUUGCUCCAGUUACGUUGCAUUUAUUUGCGUCGAAAUGCAAAAGUGCAUAAGCAUGCAAAAAAAAAUAAAUCAGGGGCAAAGUGACCAAAUGACAACAGAGGGGAAUUCAAGAGAUACCCGCUUAUGUCACAAUUUCACUGUAGGUACAAAAAAAUAGUGGCUGCGGCGUCCAGCGAGUAAUGCUGUCUAACGCUAUGUAUGUUGUUGAUUUGUUGUGGUUAUCUGUUAUAUGUUCCUCUCGUUCCUUUCUCAGCCACGUCACUUUCUAUUUUCGCUAUUGCAAAUAUAUAAGUAAUACGUUUAGUCAAAAAAAAAAUAACAAGCUGUGAGAUAUUCCAUCAAUUCGAGAUGACAAACCUGUGUUCGUUUUUACUGGCAGUUAAACCUACUUCGUGAGAUGUCCUCAUGAAAAUAAACUAUUUAUUAUCUGCAGUAUUUUAGUUGGAAGUGAACAUAUAGCCUAAUUUGAGAGCGCCAGUAAUGGCUGGCCCCGACAACUAUCACAUGGUGUUAAGCAAUGCAGUAUUUUUCAUGAGCUAUAUUGGAGCCACAUGGCUAUUCCUCACUAAAAGCAGAUAUUUGCUAUUAGGAAGGGAAGCAGCGCACAGAAGAAAAGCCGUGAAAUCAUUAUCUCUCUUCUUCAGUGUUCGCCACGUGUUCUUGGGCACGUUCACGGUCACGGGCACGAAGUCAUUCCUGUCAAUCGGGCCGCGCUUUAGAUCGAAAGAAACUUGAAAACCAAUGUCAAAGUUUGGCUCACCGAAAUCGAAAUGUUAUUUUUCACCCUGACAAUGCUUAGAUCAGUGCGAUAUUUUUUUCUCCACCCUUUAGCUUUUACGCACGGCCUACAGACAGGUCAAGACUCAAAACUGCUGAUCACUCUACUGUUAUUUUUAAAGCAACGCUGGAGGAUAAUUUAUUUCCUAAUUGCACGUCCCUUGACCCGAGUUUUGACAGCGCGUUUAGGCCUACUUAAUUAAGCCAGUAAAAUGCGUUUGGGAGGGAAGUGCAUGAUUAAAUUUCAAUUGCGAUUAAUAGAUUACGUCGUCGAAAAGUGAAAGAAAACGUACCUAUUGAAAAAGGUACUGUGAGAAUGUUGCAAAUAUGUGGAAAAUGUUUCCCUCAUUGUCUCUGAGAUGUUAUUUGUUAUAUAAAACGGAAAAAAUAAUAGAAUUCUAUAUUUGCUGCAUGUUGAUUAUGGCUCUAGUUAGCUUAUACUGAAAUUACUAUUUUUUUCUCCGACAUGGUUUAUGUUUUUAGUGUUGCGCAUGCAUUGUUUUAAGACACUUUAUUCAAAGUAAAAAAAAAAACAAAAACAAUAAGAAUGUCCUAAACAUGUAGACAAAGAAGUGGUUUAUAAAACAUAUUUAUGAGCUAUUUUAUUUAAUGCUUAUUAUUAUUAUUAUUAUUAUUAUUAUUAUUAUUAUUAUUAUUAUUAUUAUUAAGAAUACAAGAGCAUUCAAAGUAUAAUUACAUAGUUAUGACAAUUCCAAAUCGGUGCUGCCUUUUUGUUGUCAUGCAACUACAGCUUUGAUCUUUGUCAUUUAAUUUCAUUCAUAAUUGUAUUUCUUUUUUGUGAAUCUGUGGAAAAUGUGUAAUGUCAAUAUCGUCCAAAUGGUCUGGUAUAACUGUGUUCUGUUACAUAAUAUUCAUCUUUGUCAACGUUUAUCCUGUUUUUAUGUGUUCCAAAAGAGUCGCAUUUCUCACGUGGUUAUCUAAACCUAAUCCUGUACAUAACGUUACGAAUUCAUGAAUGUAUUGAUGUACGUAUAACCUAAGGUUUCUGAUAAAUAAAGACUAUAAACUACA